ACGCCCUCGAUCCAUUCUCUCUCUCUCUCUCUCUCUCUCUCUCUCUCGAUUGUAAGAAGCAGAGCUGCUAGAAGACCUCCUUAUCAUUCAGAUCCAGAUCCAAAUCAGUUCAAGUGGGAGAUAUCUCCUGUUUUUUGCUGUGUUCUUUCAGAUCUAGGGAUUUUACUCGAAAGAAAGCUUUUGCACGCAUCAGCGGCUCAGAUCUCCUCUUUCGAGGUCUAGAUCUUUGAUCUGAUGCGAUUGGAGUGAUUGCAACUUCUGCCUUGAGCAAUUUACAUUCUCGUCCUGCAUUUGGAGGUAACGUUGGAGGAACCAAAGUUUUGGACUGGGGAGAAGGCCCAAGACGAGUUGAAGGUUCAGACUAGAGCCAUUUCUUUGUAAAGGUAUAUUUGCUCAAGGGAGGAUAUCUUAAACUAUGCUACCAAGUUGCUAAAGGCAGAGCUCCCUCUUUCUGUUAUUUUCACUUUAUGUCGGGUCAUCAAGAGAAAUGAUCUAGGACAGAGAACCAUCUAUCUUCAGGGUGAAUCCAAAUCCAAGAGGAGCAUUUCUUCUUCCAUGGAUGACCUCACUCCAAGAUUCUCAACAGAUGUCUUAAGAACCUCUGAAGAAAGUGCAUCUCAAGCAAGAACUAUGUUAAAUGGAAGUAAUGAUUCAACACUGAUCAGUUCAAGUUCUGAAGUUAGCAGUGGGAUAGAGCUACAGCCAACCAUGACAGAGAUUGAUCAAACAAGCCCCUUGUUCUCGAGCUAUCUAGCUUCAGACACUCUGAAGUUAAUGUCAGAUGGAGAGAUCCUGCAUGCUGCUUCUUUUCACAAGUUACUGGACACAAGUAGAGAAUUUCAAGACCUGGUCAAUGCACACAAAUGCACUGUUGGUUCUGAAAGGCUCCCUGAGGUCGUUUCUCCCUUGAGAUGUGAAACUGCCAAUAGAGAGAUUAAGAAAGCGUCUACUGUGAAACAACAGAAAACAGAUAAUGCACCAGCAGUAGAUCAGCUAAUUAAAGAAGAGGAAAGAGAAACUGGAGAUACAGGUCUGAAGCCAUACUUACAAUAUCUGAAUCAGAGCAAAGGCUACUUGUAUUUCUCCUUGGCAGGCCUAUGCCAUCUCAUGUUUGUGGCUGGACAGAUUACACAAAACUCUUGGAUGGCUGCUAACAAAUCACACAAACUCAGGAAGAAAAUGCCUCUUCUCUUACAUUUAAAUAGAAGUCUCUAAUGUU